AUGCAUUCCUCACGAUUACUACAGUCGGCGACAUCGAUACUGGCAUUGCUGAGCUGGUGUCACAUCGCUCAUGCCAGUCCAUUAGGGCCGACAGCCGACGAGGGGGGCAGCCUUGAAAAACGAUCUUGCAACAACCCCUGUGGUUACUACAGCCAGCUUUGCUGUGCCUCUGGCGAAACAUGCAUUACAGACAAUGGCCAAGCGGUCUGCUCGUCUUCAGGCGGUUCCAGCGGUGGAGGUGGAGACGGAGCCUGGGAAUACUAUACCAGCACCUACCUUCAGACCGAAACCGACGUCCAGACACUCACAUCCAUAUGGAGUAGUUGGGUCGCGAGUCCGACAGGCUCGGGUGGCGGCUCCGGAAGUUGUCGAGCUGAGAUCGGAGAGAGCCAGUGUGGCAGCAAGUGUUGCGGCGCUCAAGAUAUCUGCAGUGACGGCGAGUGCGUUUUGGCUGCCACUACCUCGAUUUGGGCUACUGAUACGGCAACCCCCGGGGUGCGCCCGACGGAUUCGAGCACCGCUACCGAAACCGCGACGACAACUCAAGCCUUCGAAACGCCUGUGACCACCGAUGGAUCCCCAGCGCUUGGGGUCGAUGCUCCGGAAGACAGCAGUGGUGGCCUAAGUGGUGGUGCUAUCGCGGGCAUCGUGAUCGGAACACUUGCUGGCGUGUUCUUGUUGUUCCUCGUCUGUCUCUGUCUCUGUGCCCGCGGGCUCCUGAACAGUAUUCUUGCUUGCCUGGGCUGCGGCAAGCGACGAAGACGAGAGGAGACAUACGUGGAAGACCACUACUCGCAUCACUCGCAUCGGCCUCCAGGCCGCACAUGGUUCGGUGCGCGACCAUCUGGUGGUGAUCAUGGCGGCGAGGGUAAAUCGAAAUGGGGUAGUCUCGCAACGAUAGGAAUCAUUCUCGGUGCGAUUGCGCUUUGUCUCGGGCUGAGGAGAAAGAAGGACGACCACGAUGAGAAGAGCAGCAGCUACACCUACCCAAGCUAUUAUAGCUAUUAUACCAGCACCAGUAACCAGCGAGAGUUCCGACCGACGGACUAG